UCAAGAUAUAUUUUGAGCAUGUGUUUUCCAGACCAAGUUCUUAUCGUAACUCUAUCUUAAUUUGUUUUAUGAGUGUUUUUGUUGAUGUGUUAGAUUGUCUACAUAUUUCAUGCGGUUCUUUAUCUUGAAAUCAUGAUAUUGAAAAACCAAGCUGCAAAUGUAUUUUUGAAUGUUUAACCAGUGGUCAUAAUAUUCAACAUCUUUUUGGAUUAAUUUAACAAAAUAAAAAUGCUUGGUACUUUAAAAUGGACCAAUUCAAAACACUUCUACGAUUUUUAAAAAUUAAACUCGUGUUUUAAUUAGAUCUGUCACCUCCAAAAACAUAAAAAUGAAAUUCGAUCUCAUGUGGAUACUAGUAACGUUAGUUUUACGUGUUUGGAUUGUAAGUGGAGAAACUAAGACAGAGCCACCAGUGGGAGCUGUAUCUCUAGCCUUUGUGUUUGAUAUAACCGGUUCCAUGCAUGACGAUCUAGAGCAAGUUAUUGAAGGUGCAGACAACAUCCUUGCCGCAACGGUACGCGGAAAGAAAACGCCAUUACAUAAUUUUGUUCUUGUACCAUUCCAUGACCCAGUUGUUGGACCAGUUCUUGCUACGACAGAUUAUAGUGACUUUCAACAUGAGCUGAAGAACUUGUAUGUACAGGGUGGUGGUGAUUGUCCCGAAAUGAGUAUUACUGCAAUUAAGAAAGCCGUGGACGUCUCGCUCCCGAAUUCCUUCAUAUAUGUGUUCACAGAUGCAAGAUCGAAGGAUUACAACUUGACUGAGGAAGUUUUGGCAAUGAUUCAAAAGAAACAGAGUCAGGUUGUUUUUGUAUUGACUGGCGACUGUGAUGAUCCUCAUCAUGAAGGAUAUAUAGCAUAUGAACAGAUAGCCUCCACUAGUUCUGGCCAAGUCUUCUUAUUGAAGAAAUCUCAAGUAAAUCAGGUGAUAAACUUUGUUCGAGUAGCAGUGCAGUCUAGAAAAGUAAAUUUGAUGGCUGUAGAUGUUCUCGACGCCACCUCCAAUGUUUUUAGUAUACCAGUUGACACGAAAUUACAGGAAAUAACAAUAUCAGUGAGCGGACGCAAACCAAAAAUAGUUCUUACAGAUCCUUCAGGAAACCGUUUUACAAAAAGGAAUGGCCUGAAUGAACUGUUGAAAAUCAAGAAUGCUCUUAUAGUGAAUGUAAAAGAUCCCAAGCUUGGUGUGUGGAAGAUGCAAGUUGAAAGUCAAGGAAGACACACCAUACGGGUAACAGGACUUAGUACAACUGACUUUGUUGCUGGAUUUUCUCGUAAACCAGUCAAUGACAUCAAGGACACUGAUCACAGACCUAUCGAAGGAAUCCCUACAUACAUGCUGAUCAACACAACCGAUGUAGGUCCACCAGCAGACUUUUCUCAGUUGCAACUAGUGGACUUGUUUGGUACAAGUAUUGCUGAAUACCCACUAAUAAAGGAUCCGUAUAAAGAUAAUAUAUACACCGUGCCAUCUUUCGUUCCUCCACAGACAUUUUUCUAUGUCAAGAUCAGUGGCGUCGACGAUAGUGGUUACAGAAUAGAGCGACAAACACCAACAGCUAUAACACAAAUUGUGCCGGAUCCACCUGAAGUAAGGAUGCCUAACGUCACAAAAGGCUAUUUUGGUCUUACUGCUGUUAUUGUAUGUGAAGUGCAAAGUCUUAUUCCAUAUACCGUACACUGGUUUAAAGAAGAUACCCAGCAAGGUCCAGAAUUAUACUUUUUGGAAUCAGCCAACGUUACACUUGAUGUACCAGGAGCCAACCAGUUUGCUGAAGGCAUUUAUUUUUGUAAUGCUACAAAUAAAAAAGGUUCAAGACGUGUACCUACUUUCCUUGAUAUUAGCGAGCCACCACCAUCGAUCGUUACACCUCAGAAUGUUUCUGUACUUCCAAAUCAAAACGCUAUUAUAACCUGUAAUGUGUUCAGUGCUGUGGACUUCAAUCUAACAUGGCACAGACAUGGCUACAGGCAUGGUCUCAGAACAAGCCAAAAAUUCCAUGAUUUCAAGAAUGGAUCAUUGCUUGUCAGGCGGGUGCAACUGGAAGAUGAGGGCUUCUAUGUCUGCAGGGCAGCGAAUGAAGGGGGAGUCUCUGAAAAAGCAGUAUUUAUCCGAGUUCAAGUUGCUCCAGUGGCAGAGGUGAUACCAGAGAAAACCAGUUUUGCUGCUGGUGACUCCAAGGAAGUACAAUGCAGGGCGGAGGGAUUUCCAGAACCAAGUAUAAACUGGCUGAGGGGAAAGCAGGUUAUGAUUGCCAAUGAGAGAAUUCGGCUGUCUGGGGGCAAACUAUCAUUGUAUAACAUGCAUAGAGGAGACGAGGGACAAUACACGUGUCUGGCUUCUAACUCUGCAGGAAAUCAUACAGUCAUUGCAACAUUCAACUACAUAGAGAAACCACGUAUAACAAUGUUUGAGAGUAAAGUGCUGGUUGCUAGUGGGGAUGAGGCAGUUCUGUUCUGUGCAGCAAACGGUAUUCCAGCACCAGAGAUUCGCUGGUAUAAAGGAGACAUACAGUUGAAAGCUUUAGCCUAUGUGCAAAUCAGUGCAAGUGGAGAGCUGAAACUUAUAGGAGCGCAGCAACAAGAUGCUGGAGAAUACAAAUGUGAAGCAGUAAAUGAAGCAGGAAGUGACUCGGCCAGUAUUGUACUGGAAGUUGGCUCUGCACCAAAAAUUGUUGAUGCCCCAGAAAAUACUGGUCAAGAUAUAGGAGGUAACGCUACCCUGACAUGCAGAGCGAGCGGCUCCCCAGUCCCAAAGGUAUUCUGGAAGAGGCAGGAUGGUCGGAAACUCGAUGGCAGAGUGAAACAACUACCAACAGGAGAUCUCUUCAUACAAAAUUUAGGUAUAAAAGAUGAGGGAAGUUAUGUGUGUGUUGCCCAGAACCAAUUUGGAAUAGUACAAAGAUCUGCCCAUCUCACCAUCACCGGCAUAGUGCCUCCAUUGAUUGGCUACAUGGACCCAAUCAUCCAGGCAGUAAAUGGAGAUUCUGUGGAAUUUAAUUGUCAAGUAUUGCUUGGCAACCCAACUCCAAGAGUUCUUUGGUUAGUAGAUGGUCAAGCUGUGAGAGAGGAUGAAUACAUCAGAAGAAAUGGAGAUGGCAAUAUAUACAUUGAUGAUGUACAGGCAUAUCAUAGUGGUGACUACCUGUGUCUUGCUUCAAAUGUUGGUGGAAAUGCCUCAUUCAUGGUAACACUUCAAGUUCAAGUCCCACCUACAUUCGAUUACUUUUCCCCGGAAGAUGAAAAAAUAGAUUUUAAUGUAACACAAGGAGACACUGUUGUUCUUCCCUGUAAUGUUCUAGGAGACCCAAGACCUUCAAUUACAUGGUUUAAAGACGAGAGUCCUAUUUCACUGACAGACUACCAUUACUACAUAAGAGAGGAUGGUAGUUUAGAGAUAUUUUCAACUGAGGCAACCGACACAGCACUGUACAGAUGUCAAGCUACAAAUGUUGCUGGAGAAAUAGAAAAGGUGGUCAACCUUUUCGUACAGGUGGCACCAACAAUAGCUGGAGAGCCAAAUGAAAGAUUCACUGUGAUAGAGAAUGAAACUGCUGUUCUGCCAUGUGUGGCUAGUGGUGUCCCACCGCCAGAUGUUUCAUGGAGAAAGAACUUUGUACCAUUUUCGCCAGAGUCAGAGAGGACUGUUGAUCACGUGGCCAAACAAGGAAAUUUCUUCGAUUGGAAAAAAGAUGAAACAGUUUUGUCAGUUUUUGAUGAAGUCAAUGGCUUUGAAGAGUUUGACAAUGGUUCCUUGAAGAUAGAAUCAGCACGAAUUGAUCAUACCGGCAGAUAUGUCUGUGUUGUGGAAAAUGAUGCUGGUAUAGCUACGAGGGAUUUCUACUUGACCGUCCUAGAUCCCCCAAGCAUACCUGCAAACCUAACAACCUUCAAAGAUAUUUUGGAAGGAAAUCCUUUAAUUCUACAGUGUCCCGCAGUCGGCACACCAACACCACUUAUCACAUGGUAUAAGGAUGAUGUGCUUAUCACAGGCGAUCAGGUUGGGAUGGUUAUACUGGAAGACGGUUCCCUGGAAAUUUUAGAAACUGAGGCAGAGGAUUCCUCAGUGUACACAUGUAUAGCUCAAAACCAGGCUGGAGAAGUACAACACGAAGUGGAAGUUAAAGUUAUCGUUCCUCCCAAGUUGACAGGGAAGGAUGAAGGUCAGGAUGGUGUUGUUGAUAAUCCUAAUGUGAUAGUUGGAGAGAAUGUAACUUUGAUCUGCCCUGUUGAAGCCGACCCUUAUCCUACAAUAACCUGGCUCAGGAAUGGAUAUGAGCUAGAUCUAUCUGAGUUGGAUACCAGGUUUGAAAUAUCUGCUGAUGGAAUGAACUUGACAAUAUAUGAAGCGGAUGUAUCAGACACAGCCAGAUAUACCUGCAUAGCUGAAAAUGUAGGAGGAGAAGCAGAGAAAAACUUUGAUCUGGAUGUUCAUGUUCCACCAACAAUAGAUAAAGAUUCUGUUUCACCUGAGGAAAAUACCGUUGUGAAAGACAACACUCUAUAUUUGAAUUGUCCAGUUACUGGCAUACCAACACCAAAAGUUUUCUGGUACAAGGAUGGAGAGAUUUUAGAUCCAGAUCUCGACCCAAAUAUACAUGUUCACGCAAAGGGCCUUAGGUUAGAAAUUGUGGGUGCACGUGUUUCCGACACGGGAAUGUACAAGUGUGUAGGUGAGAAUGUAGCUGGAAGCACAGAGCAAUCUUUUGAUGUCGACGUGCAAGUUGGUCCAGUUAUUGAUCGUCCAGGAGAAAUCAACAAACCAGAGAUAGUGAGCAAUGAGUCUAUUAGCCUGACGUGCCCGGCUUCAGGUAUUCCACUACCAGAAGUAACAUGGUUUAAAAAUAAUCAACCAAUAUCUGCAAAUACCAGCCAGUACGCUUUGCUAAACAAUGGAUGGACACUUCGCAUUAUAUCAGCCAAUGUUACAGACUCUGCAAGGUACAUAUGUAGAGCACAGAAUCCAGCUGGUCAGGGUGAGAAGGCCUUUGAUCUUGAUGUCUUAGUUCCUCCAAAUAUUGACAGAAACAAUUUGAUCGUUGACCCGAAGGUCGUGCUCAAUAAAUCUGUGAUAAUUAAUUGCCUAGUAGAGGGAAAGCCUUCACCAAGUAUCAUCUGGUAUAAAAAUGGCAUACAACUAGAUGCUUCUGUUCAGCCUCGGUAUGAGAUUCUGUCGAGUGGCCGACAGUUGCGAGUUAAGAUGGCUCAGCCGUCAGAUACAGCUACCUUUCAAUGUUUAGCAGAAAACAAAGCCGGGUCUGAUACUGUGGACUUUCAUUUAAAAGUACUCGUACCAGCUAAAAUUGAGAACCGACGACCUAAUACCAAUCCCAAAGUGGUAGUCAAUGGCAACAUAACAGUUGUGUGUCGAGCAACUGGAACUCCCAAACCAACAAUAUCCUGGUAUAAAGAUGGGGUAGAGUUGGAAAGUCUGGAAAAUGUUGAAAUAAACAAUGAUGGACAAGAGCUAACUAUAUAUAGUGCACAGGUUGCUGAUACAGCCUUGUACACAUGCAGAGCUGUUAAUGAAGCUGGGGAAUCAGAUAUAUCGUACCAAGUUGAUGUACAAGUGGCAUACUCCAGAGAUUUUCAGCAGAGUAAUGUCCUUUCCACCAAACUUGAUGAAGAUGAAGUAAAUGCAUCUCCACAUGUAGAACUGGGCAAUUCUGUUGUACUGAACUGUCCUGUAGUCGGUGUACCACAACCUAACAUAGUUUGGAUGAAGGCGGGUCAACCAAUCGACUAUGACAGCCAUAGACAUAUAACUGUGCAGGCAGAUGGUCAGAGACUAUCAAUAGAGAGAGCUAGGCUUACAGACGCAGAUGUAUACACAUGUAUUGCUGCAAAUCAGGCUGGUUCCGUGGAACAAGAUUAUGAAUUAGAUGUUUGGGUACCACCUUCGAUAGACGGCACGAACCUAGAUCUAAAUCCAACAGUGAUCAAAGGUCAUACAUCAGAGCUGUUUUGUCCAGUGGAGGGAAAUCCUUUCCCAGAUAUACUGUGGCUUAAGGAUGGUGAGCCAGUACAGUUAGACAGUCGUGUUGAAAUUAUUGAUGACGGCAUACAGCUGAAGAUCUUAAACGCCACAGAGAGUGAUACAGGCAGAUAUGAAUGUGUUGCAAGAAAUCCUGCUGGACAACAAUCAUUGGCGCAUAAUCUGGAAGUUCAUGUUAAACCAUCGAUAGAUGAGUCAAAUGUGGUGUACUUCCGAAAAGUUAUUGAAAAUAGAACAAUUAUCAUCGAAUGUCCAGUAUCAGGUAUUCCUACGCCAACAGUUGACUGGCUUAUCAAUGGCAAUCGUGUGAGGUCCAGGGAAGGUCUACAGUUUAGUCAUAAUAACAAUCAUCUAGAAAUUGCCAGAGCCCAGGUUACAGACACUGCUGUCUAUACAUGUAUAGCAACAAAUGCUGCUGGAGAAUUAAAGAAAAAUUUUGACUUAGAAGUGCAAGUGCCACCUAAAAUAGAUACUGACAAACUAGCAACAGAGCUGAGUGUUACCCAGAACAAGAGUACAGCUAUAGUUUGUCCAGUGAGUGGCAUACCAGAGCCAUCUGUUAUCUGGUAUAAGGAUGACGAGCCACUUUUAGACUGGCCGUAUCAAGGAUUAAGUCUGAAAAACAGGGAAAAGACUCUGGAAGUUUUGAAUGCACAGACAGAUGAUGCAGGUGUUUAUAGAUGUGAGGCAACUAAUCGUGCCGGCCAGUUGAAGUUAGACUUCACACUUCAUGUUUAUGUACCUCCACAAAUUUCUGGAUCAGAGGCAGUGACACAUGUGUCAGUUACACAUGGGGCAAAUGUAGCUUUAGAAUGUGUGGCAUCAGGAAAUCCAGAACCGCAGCUAGCAUGGAUAAAAGAUGAUGAAACUAUAGAACUUGUAGAGAAUCCACACAUCGUGAUACAGAACAAGGGACGUCUGCUGCAGAUCAGCAACUCAGAGGUAACAGAUUCAGGAAGAUAUGUUUGUCAUGCAGAAAAUCGUGUCGGGAUUGCUGAAAGGAAGUUUGAGCUAGACAUCAAUGUACCUCCAUAUAUAAACGGAUCAUUGGAAGGCUUACAGAAUGUCUGGGUAAUUAUAAACAAACCUCUGACAUUGGAGUGUCCAGCUGAAGGUGUUCCUCCACCCAGUAUUACCUGGAGACGACAAGGACAGUUUAUACAACAGUAUGGUAGACCUGGUUUACGCCUUCAGGACAAUGGAAGAAAGUUGUAUAUUGUUCGUGCUCAGUUAAGAGAUCUCGGAGAUUAUUCUUGCUAUGUUGAAAAUGUUGCUGGCAAUGCUUCUUUGGACUACUUUGUUAAUGUAUAUGUGCCUCCAACAAUAGAACGGGGGUUGGAGCGAGUAGAGGCUGUUGUUAACACUGGAGCCACACUGUUAUGUGAGACUUUAGGGCUUCCAGAUCCUGUUGUCACCUGGCAGAAAGAUGGGGAACCAUUUCCAACAACUGGACUCAGACAUCGUAUGAGGGUUUCAGGUACGAUUGAAUUUACGUCAGUGCGACUGGAAGAUACAGGAACCUACAGCUGUAAUGCAACAAACGAGGCUGGAAGUGCAACAAGAGUUAUGAAAUUAGAUGUUCAAGUUCCACCUAGAAUGGUUGGUACACAGCCCCUUUACUUGAAUGUCGCUGAAGGAAGGGGAAUUGUGCUUCCUUGUAAUGUAACAGGAACGCCAGUUCCCACAAUUACCUGGCAAAAAGGAGCUAAAAUGGUCACAGGUGGACAAGGUAUUGCGGUAAUAGAGAAUGGAUCACUAUAUAUACAGAAGACAGCGGAGACUGAUGCUGGAGUGUACCUCUGUAUUGCAGAAAACAAUGCUGGUGCAGCUUUUGGGCAGAUAAUACUUCGCAUUAAUUUGCCACCAACAAUCCAUGCGACAGAAAAAGACUUAGAGUUUGUUAUAAACAAAGGACAGAAAAUUGUGUUACCGUGUAUAGCUUCUGGAAGACCUCGACCAAAAGUUACUUGGGAGAAAGAUGGUGUACCAAUAAUCAGAAGUAAUGCAUAUGUAAGACUGACCAGAUCAGGAUUAGCUGUUACAUUUGCCAGGGAAGGUGAUGUAGGAACUUACACGUGUAUUGCCAGAAAUGUAGCUGGUACUUCAAGAGUAGACAUGAAGUUACUCGUGCAAGAACCACCAACUAUAGAUGAAGAAAGUAGACUGCUGACAUCUACUGUUGGUGAGACAGCUGAUUUACGAUGUGCGGCGACAGGAAUACCACCUCCAACUAUCCGCUGGUUAAAAGAUGGGAGAGAAAUUGAAGAACCUUCCUCAAAAUAUGAGAUAACACGAUCUGGUAAUCUACUUGUCAAACAACUUACAGAAGAUGAUACUGGGAGCUACUUGUGUACUGCUACCAAUGUUGCUGGACAAGCCACACAGGAACGCUUGCUGAGAAUCCAAGUUCCUCCCUCCUUUAUCGUGGUGCCUCAAAUAAAGGAAGUGCUACUGGAGCAGAGACUGGAAUUGAGAUGUACUGCAAAAGGAAGACCAACACCAACAAUUCACUGGAAAAGAAAUGAUGUACCUGUUGCUUAUGUGCCAAGUGUGAAUGGCCGGAGUGUUUUAAUAUUUCACAAUGUGAGACGAGAGGAUGCAGGUGUAUAUACAUGUUUAGCACAGAACCCUGCUGGUCAGGCUGUAGUAAACACCAUGGUUACAGUGAAAGUACCUCCUGAAAUAUUGACCCCACCAGGUAACAAGGCUGUGACCAUUGCGGAACGAGUAGUUCUCACUUGCUCAGUUGGAGGUGAUCCACCCCCAGAAGUUAUUUGGAUGAAAAAUGGACGCCCAGUGAGACUAAGCAGUAGAAUUCAACAAUUGAGUAAUGGAUCAUUGGUUAUUUUUGACUCCACAAGUUCAGAUGCUGGAAAAUACAAAUGUGUGGCAACAAAUGAUGCUGGUAUGUCUGAAGGUGUGGCUAUGCUAACUGUACGGGAACCACCAUCUUUCCUGAUAGAACCUCAGCACACAAGGGUUAACCAGGAUGAGACUGUACUUGUAGACUGUGUCGGGUCAGGUGAGCCCGAACCAAAGAUGGAUUGGAUGAUGGGUUGGGAUAUUUUACAAGAUGAGGGACGGUUGUCAGUAUUACCAAAUAAUUCCCUUAGGAUAGUUGCAGCACAGUUGUCAGAUUCUGGAUCAUACAGAUGUCUGGCUAGUAACAACCUUGGUAAAACAUUUAUAGAGAUCAACAUCACUGUUGUUGUACACGGUGGUUGGUCAGAAUGGUCUGACUGGAAAUUAUGUAGUGCAAGUUGUGGAGAGGGCAGACAACUCCGUCACCGACUGUGUGACAACCCUGAGCCAGCUAAUCAGGGAGAAGACUGUAAAGGAAAACAUGUACAGUCUCGAUCUUGCCAACUUAGAAAUUGUCCAGUAUCAGGAAACUGGGGUAACUGGUUACCAUGGGAACAAUGCAGUGUAUCAUGUAAUGAGGGUGUUCAGUUGAGACGACGACUUUGUGAUAAUCCUGCACCCCAGUCAGGUGGUGGGACAUGUGUUGGUGAUGCAGUUGAAGAACAGACUUGUAACAGGAAACCUUGUGCUGUUGAUGGUAACUGGGGUGAGUGGUCAUCAUGGCGAGCAUGUUCAGUGACGUGUGGGGAUGGAUAUCAAGAAAGAAGACGAAAGUGUAACAACCCCCCGCCCUCUGGCAAUGGACGCUUCUGUCAGGGAGAACAGAGGGAUACACAAAGGUGUAAACUAAGAGAAUGCCCAGAUUGGAAUCCAUGUACUUUGUCAUGGGGUGGAACAAGAACCCGUUCACGUAUGUGUAACUAUCCUGAACCCAAAUAUGGAGCUAUUUGUAUAGGGACAGACAUACAGCUUGACUACUGCAACAGCGAACCUUGUCCCGUGCAUGGUGGAUGGUCUGAAUGGGGAGAAUUUGGAGAAUGUUCUGUCAGCUGUAAGGGGGACUGAAAAAGAUUUCGCACUUGCUCUAACCCACCACCUGGCACCAAUGGCCGCCCUUGUCGAGGUCAAACUGACGAUACAUUGGCAUGUAAUCAGGAACCCUGUCCAGUUGAUGGACAGUGGUCAAACUGGUCAGAGUGGAGCAUAUGUUCUAGGUCUUGUGACCAUGGAACAAAAUAUCGUGAACGUACAUGUCAACUACCUAAACAUGGUGGCAUUCUGUGCAGGGGUGAUAAUAAACAGAUCAUGGACUGUUUUCAAGAGCCGUGCUAUGAUAUCCCUAUUAUAGCAGAAGAUAUCCCUAUUAUAGCAGAAGGUAACUUGAUUGGCUAUAUCAACAACAUAGACAUUCCAGCAGCUACAUUCUCUGUGGAUAUGGUUCCACUUCCAGAUAACACAUUCCACAUUUCCGUCAUCUGCUGUCUGUAUGAGUCCCGUGUACGGAGUACAGCUCAGGAGGUAAUGGUGCCUACAAUGGGUAUACACUUACUGACGGAGAGUUUACAAGAGAAGCCAGAUACAAUAUACAACAGGGACUUUGGAAUACCCUCCCUUUGUCUGCUUCAUCUGAAAAUCGGGGACCCCAAUUACCAAAAAAGUUUCAAGAAAGGGUUAAAAAAUUUGGGUUCCCCAAGAACCCAGUGUCCUGAUGGAUUUUUUCUGAAUGUUGAGGGUGCAUAUUGUCAAGAUGAUGACGAAUGUACAAGAUUGAGGCCAUGCUCAGACUAUUGUCAUAAUUCCCCGGGAAGCUAUUAUUGCUCCUGUCCACUAGGAUAUGUGCUUGAUGUGGAUGGCAGACAGUGUACAGAUAUAGAUGAAUGUAGCACUGCAUCAGCUAAUUGUCCUGCUGAAGAGGAAUGCACUAAUACUAUUGGUUCAUAUUUCUGUCAUGUUAGAUGUGGACGGGGCUAUAGACCUUUUGAAAAUGGGCAGAAAUGUAUAGAUAUUGAUGAAUGCACAGAGUCACCAAGGGUUUGUGAUCAGAUAUGUGUAAAUAAAAAUGGUGGUUACCGAUGUAGAUGUAUGCCUGGAUAUCGAGAAUUUCUAGAAGCAAAUGUGUUGGUAGGGAUUACUGUAGAUUCUUGUGUCAGAAAGAAAGAAAUGGAUAUAGAUGAGUGUGAAUUAACUAACUCACCAUGUGAACAGGUAUGUGCCAAUGCCAUUGGAAGCUAUCUAUGUAGCUGUAGACAAGGAUAUCAGCUUGUAUCUAGAGGCAGAUGUAAAGGCACAGACAUCAAACUAAAGAGGAUAAUUGCACAUGAUAAGUCAAUGCCCCCUAUCUGUUUUGAGACCAGCAUGCCAAAGAUUACUGUGAAUGACUACCAGAAAUUAGGUCAUCCCUGGUCAGUAGACUUCGGUAACAUGUUCGAGUUCUUUGUAAGGCAUGAUCAACGGUAUCAGAAACAUCAUACAACGGAGCUGUAUCCGUACGUCCUCAGCUUUGGACAAUGGACCCAGAUGAACAGCAGAAAGCUUUUCGAAGUGUUUUCUCAGUUGUAA